UUGGUAACCAGAACAUUUGCGACAAGAUUGCCUUCGGAAAAACUGCCGACGCGAUCCUCGCUAAAACCAAAUCCAUCGCAGAAUGUGCGCGACAGCCCUCCGAGCUCUGAAGGGCCAGGGGCUUCGUUUGCGACGGAGUCACGCUCAACAUCGCGUGGUCGCUUCCCGUUUUCUACUCUACACGAGGAGCUGGCUCAUCAGAGUAUUUCCGCGACACUUCAUGACGAGCUGACCGCUCAACGGAGCAACACCUGA